AUGUCGUCGGGCAUUGAAACAAAUGACUUGGAUGAUAGCCUCCCCGCUCCCUCGCCUUCUACGUCCGCUACUACGGAGCCAUCUGAUGCCGCGUCGGACACCGAGCAGGAGAGUGGGGCACACACAGUCAAACAGAGGAGAGAUCUGCUACAGAGUUCAGGCUCCUGUCGACCAUUCGCACUGCCGCCUCCAGCCUUCCGUCACUCCCUCUCUCACCCCUUCUCUCCCCCUCUCUCACCCGCUCUCUCGCUCGGGGGGGAGAACGUCAAAGCCCGCUCCACCCGUCUCUCCAGUUCAAAGCCGACAGAGUGA